CAUUCUUCAGUUCGGUAGUGCUUUUAAAAAGUUAAAAAAAAAUCAAUUCAGUUAGUUGAGCUGAUUUUCAUUUAAGAGAAUAUUUGAGGAAUAGCAGUUGCUUGGGAAUAAUACAGCGGAAGACAAACUGAAAAUAUUUGGACUUUCCAGGAGUUGCCCGCUAACAAAAUAUGGCUAGAAAUAAAAACCAUGUCAAUAUCACAUCACCAUUGCUACGGUUUCAUAAGAUUUUUGACAUUCUGAAGUUGUUUGCAAGAACUUGUGGCAUCAAUGUAUUCGCAGAGGAUUUCCGUUUUGGCCGAAUUACAUUUGCAAUCUUCAAUAUGGUACAAUUAAUAAUUGCCCUUAACGCUUACACGCUGUGGGACAGUAUCUCAAAGGGGAAAUUUGCCUUUGCAUUGCAGAAUGUGUGCAUAAUGAAUACUGGUAUUCAGAGCUACGCAAAACUGGUUACUUCUGUCUACUAUCAAAAGACGAUACGUUACGUAUGCGCCGAAAUUGAUUUUAUGUACAGAACCUACGAAAAUGAGGGCAGACAUUAUGUUAAGUGUUUGAAUGAAUCUCUGAAUUUAUUAAUACGCAUAACUAUCUUCAUGUUCAAACUUUACGCCGUACUAACCGUUGCUGAAAUCGCUGUGCCACUCUACUACCAGCUCUAUCGAAAAGAAAGGCUCCCUAUAUUUGACGUCAUAAUACCAUUAGUGGAUCCCGCUACCGACUGGGGUUUUAUGAUACAUCAGAUCUGCACUGGGAUCGCUACAACUGUAACUGGAUUUGGAAAUUUUGCCGCCGAUACCUCGGCCAUUAUGAUGUUGGUGCACACACGUUUAAUGAGUAGAAUAAUCAAGUGCAAAUUUGAUGACUUGGACGAGGUUAUAAGAGAAACGCCGAGAGAGCAAAGGAAUACAGAGCAUAUGGUGAAGGAUAUUCUUGAAUGGCAUCAAAGAUACUUGAAAUUUACCCAAGCCAAUUCAACUUUGAUGUAUUGGGGUAUUUUUAUCGAAAUAACUGCUGCAUAUAUAUCUAUCAUUUUCAAUAUGGUCAGCAUCUUCAUAGGCGGAUGGACAGUGGCUCCAAUUUAUUUGUUUGCUUCUUACUGCUUAUUGCUGGGUUUUUGUAGUAUGGGUAAUUUAAUAGAAGUUUCAAAUGAAGAACUUACCACCAAUAUUUACGAUUGCAUGUGGUACGAGCUUAGUGUGCCGGAACAGAAGUUGCUGCUCAUAAUGCUAAAUCAAUCACAAAAACCAAACGGUAUAUCUUUGGGUGGCCUAGCACCAUUGUCAUUGAAUACAGCUGUACAAUUGACCAAAAGUAUUUAUACAGUGGCCAUGUUAAUUCACAGCUAUUUGUCCAGACAAAAUUCUUAAAAGAUUUGAAGAAACGAAAUCAACUAAAACGAUUGCAAUUUCAUCUAGGCAAUAAGAUUUGAUACGAGUAUCAAUACCGAUAUUCACAAAACUUAAUGUAGAUUUGAAAUAGGUUUAUUUCACAGGCCCUUUUCUUUAUAGAACUGUCAAAUAAACCUUUUUAAAGGCUUCAUAAAAUUUUGUGCAUACGGCCGUCAAUGUUUAAGGUCACAUAGUUUUAGUGAAAAUAAGUAGCACUAACUUCACAUAAUUUGUUUAUUACUUAUUGUAUGAUUGUCUACUCAAGCAAUUAAAGCACAUGCAUUCAAGAAA